AUGGAAAGGAACAGUUAUGACCAGCACGGCGUUUGGAGCCAGGAGUGUCAGAGAAGGAUGUUUUUGUGCCAGCUGGGCUUGAGCGGGAGUACUCGCGGGGCAGUGAGAUCGGGACUGGUGUUUUCCAGGGCUUCCAGAGCCGUUUUGAGCAGAAGGUUCAACUCGCAGACGGUCAAGACGAGUUUCCAGAAGGAGCAGGAGAUCCUGGUGGCUCAGAGACGCAACAGACCGGUGUCUCCGCAUUUGACCAUCUACCAGCCGCAGCUUACAUGGUAUCUUUCGUCGCUGCAUCGUAUCACGGGCGUGCUGUUGGGAAGCGCGUUCUUUGCAGUGACAAUGGCGUUUGGCGUGUCGACGCUGUUUGGACUCGGGUUGAACACGGAGAAGCUGCAGGAAUACUACAGGGAGAAAGUGCCCCGCUGGGCUGACUGGACCAUCAAGGGCAGCGCAGCAUACAUGUUUGCAUUCCAUUUUGGCAACGGCAUAAGACAUCUGCUGUGGGACACGGGCAAGGAGCUGACCAUCAAGGGCGUCAACCGGACCGGGAUCGCUGUGUUGGUGUUCGCGGCGUUUGCCGGCACCAGCUUUCUAUUUUGGUAG